AUGCCACUUACAUUUAUAAAAAGCCAAAAAGGCAAAAAUAUGCUUAUAAAUAAAGGUUUUUUAUUUAGUAUUCAUGAUGUGUAUGAAACAAAAGUAGUAUGGCGUUGUACCGAGUAUAAAAAGUUGUCAUGUAAAAGCCGAUGUCACACAACAACGAAAGACGAAACGGGAUCGAUUUUAAAAGAAACUGAUCAUUCGCAUGCUCCAAACUUAGCCAAAAUUGAGGCCAAAGAACUGGUGAAUACUAUAAAGGAUACUGCUAUAACAGAAAUAACUUCUACAAGAAAUAUAAUUUCAAAUGUGUUGGGUCAAACUUCUGUUCCGGUAAUUGGACAAUUACCUAUUAUCAAAUCAUUGUCAAGGACUAUUCAACGGACUCGAGUAAUAAAAGAAAAUACUCCAGUUAAUCCAAGUAAUAUCAAAGACUUAAUUAUUCCUGAAAUAUAUAAAUUGACUAACAAAAACGAAACAUUUUUGGCAUACGAUAGUGGUAGUAGUGAAAGCAGAAUUUUAAUUUUUACUACUCAGUACAAUUUAAAUAUGCUUCAAGAAACAGAUGACUGGUUUGGUGACGGAACUUUUAAAUCUGUUCCCUCGAUAUUUUCACAAUUAUAUACAAUUCAUUGUUACACACGUAGCUUAGUUAUUCCAUUAGUGUAUAUAUUAAUGACUAGUCGUACAAAGGAAGUAUACGCUGAAGUUGUAAGGCAAUUGCUUGUAUUAAAACCAGAUCUGAACCCAAAAUCUAUUAAAAUAGAUUUUGAGCAAUCCUUUGUUUCGGCGUUCAAACAAAUUUUUCCUAAUGCUCAUAUAAGUGGAUGUUUUUUUCAUUUUGGCCAGUGUGUAUGGCGUAAAGUACAAUCUACUGGGUUACAAAAGAAAUAUGCAGAAGACUCAACGUUUGCUCUCCAUGUUAAACAAUUAUGUGCUUUAGCAUUUGUGCCAGUCCUUGAUGUAGUAAAAUCUUUUAGUACUAUCCUAGAAUCCCAAUAUUUUAUUGAUAAUGAACAAUUGUUUGAACCUAUAGUAGAUUACUUUGAGGAAACAUGGAUAGGUCGAACAGUUCGUAAUAGAAGAAAAAAACCAUUAUUUCCAAUAGAAAUGUGGAACUGUUAUGACAAUGUAAUUAAUGACCAACCUCGAACAAACAAUGCUGUUGAAGGUUGGCACCAUGCUUUCAAUGCAUCAUUGGGAAGUCAUCAUACGACUAUUUGGAAAUUUAUAUCUUUUUUUGAAGCAGGAACAGGGGCUCCAAGAAGCAAAACUAGAAAAAAUUAA